AUGUCUGACGCUUCUGGCGAGCUACACAGAAGAAGGACUGCUAGUGGCUCACUCUAUGGAUCGGAAAUAGAUAGUUUCCAUUCCGUAACUCAAAACUCAAAAUGGAAGAAUCUCAGACAAAAAUCAUUCACAAUACUUAGAAAGUAUGGGUCGUUUAUAGGACCUGGUAUCAUGGUUUCAGUGGCAUAUAUGGACCCAGGUAACUAUGCCACAGGUAUAACAGCUGGUGCCUCCAACAGAUUCUCCCUUUUAUUCAUCGUUCUAAUUUCCAAUAUCAUUGCCAUUUUUCUUCAAAGUUUAUGCAUCAAGUUGGGCUCAGUAACCGGCUACGAUCUUGCCCGUUGUUGUCGAGAAUACCUUCCCAAGUGGCUCAAUAUCAUUCUCUGGAUCCUUGCGGAAAGUGCAAUCAUUGCAACUGAUGUGGCUGAAGUUAUAGGUUCAGCUAUUGCCCUUAAUAUUCUUCUUAAAAUUCCACUUCCAGCAGGCGUGGUAAUUACAAUAGUGGACGUUUUAUUUGUGCUAAUGGCGUAUCGCAACGACACUUCCUCUACCAAGUUUGUCAAGAUGUUUGAGUAUGCAGUUGCUUGUCUUGUGGUGGCCGUGGUGGUUUGCUUCGCAGUGGAAAUUGCCCAUUUACCAGUCACUUCAGAAAUGGUUCGUGAGAUCUUCAGAGGUUAUGCUCCUUCGAAAGAAAUGGUCCAGGGAAGUGGCUUGACCAUUGCUACUGGUAUCAUUGGAUCCACAGUUAUGGUACACUCAUUAUUUUUGGGUUCUGGUCUCGUUCAGCCUAGAUUGAGAGAGUACGAUGUAACCCACGGUCUUGUGGAUCUUGAUCUGGUAUGUUCUGAGGACGAAACUACAGCAGAUACCGUCUCAGAAAAAUCGUCUACCAGAGUUAAAACUACUCGUAUCGACAAAGAAGCUCUCUUCUUUUACAAGAGUUACAAACCAUCGUACCAAUCAAUUCAAUACUCGUUGAAAUACUCAAUUAUUGAACUUGUGGUUACGCUUUUCACAUUUGCACUUUUCGUCAACUCGGCUAUCUUGGUGGUGGCUGGAGUUACCCUCAACGAUACCCCAGAAGCCAUCGAUGCCGACUUGUACACUAUUCAUGCAUUGCUCUCCAAAAAUUUGGCACCUGUUGUAGGCACAGUUUUCAUGCUUGCGUUGCUUUUCAGUGGUCAAAGUGCUGGUAUCGUCUGUACUAUUGCUGGACAAAUGGUAAGUGAGGGCCAUAUCAAUUGGAAGCUUAAACCAUGGGUGAGAAGACUAGUGACAAGAGCCAUCUCAAUUAUACCUUGUUUGGCCAUUUCUGUUGGUAUUGGACGGUCCGGUUUGGGACUCGCCUUGAACGUUUCACAGGUUGUGAUUUCCAUUCUUCUUCCCCCAUUAACGGCUCCUCUUAUCUACUUUACAUGCAAAAAGUCCAUCAUGAAAGUGCCAUUACCCAAGGAGAUGCAGUCAGAUGAUGAAGACGAAGUAAAAUACAAAUAUCUACACAACAAUUGGCUCACAUCCAUCAUUGUCUUUGCCAUCUGGCUCUUUGUGCUGGCAUUGAAUAUCUACGCGAUUGUUGACAUGGCCAAAAAUGGUGUGGCCGGCAGUUAG